UGAAGUCAGUAGAUGGACAGCCACAUUGACCAAUCACAAGCGUCAUACCACAAUCUAAACAUCACAAACGACGAGGUGAAUCUGAUUACCCAAUAGGAAUCACUAAUACUUUGCAUACGCGACGCUGUAUUGGAUUGACAUUGCAUUUAAACCAAUCGUACAGGAGAUAUCCGUCUGUUAUGUACAGCAUAGGUUUCUAUCUCAACCAAUCAGAAUCCGAGGGCGGGUUAGUGGGCGGGACAGUAUCGCGUUGCGCGCAAUAAGGUUAGGUUGGUUGUAUGAGAGGCCGUCGUCUGCUGCUGUAAUUUGGCUACAGGGGAAGGAAAAUACAGUCUAAAAUACGUUGAUUGGACGGUUUGGAAUUCGUAUACGACUUGUUGUUAAGCUGCCGUAGCAUCCUCAACGUUUGUGGGAUCGAUUUGCUCGAGAAAACCGGGGAGUGUUUCAUGCAGCGCUCGGACACAUCCAUUCCCACUGAGUAAACAUCUCCUAGAGGUAACUCCUCAACCCCCCUCUUCCCUGUUCCAACUCCCAAGCGCCUCUCCCAACCCCUACACCCCAACUAACAUUCCCUCAGGACCUCUAGGCCACUUUGGGCUGGUGGCCUUCUUUCCCAAAGCCUUCUUGAGGAAGCGGGUUUGUGUCGUCCCGUUUUUUCCAAACCGACCUCGUCCCGUGUUUCACGGCUAAACCCAAACACACCCCCGAAGAUGUCGUCCAUCUUGCCGUUCACGCCGCCUGUGGUGAAGCGCCUGCUGGGCUGGAAGAAGUCUGCGAGCGGCUCGGGCGGAGCAGGCGGUGGAGAGCAGAAUGGUCAGGAGGAGAAGUGGUGCGAGAAGGCUGUCAAGAGCCUGGUAAAGAAGCUAAAGAAGACAGGUCAGCUGGAUGAGCUGGAGAAGGCCAUCACCACGCAGAACUGCAACACCAAGUGUGUGACUAUCCCCAGCAAUUGCUCUGAAAUUUGGGGACUGAGUACUCCAAAUACGAUAGAACAGUGGGAUACCUCAGGCCUAUACAGCUACCCUGACCAAACCAGAUCUCUGGAUGGACGCCUGCAGGUGUCUCACCGCAAAGGGCUGCCUCACGUCAUCUACUGCCGCCUGUGGCGAUGGCCCGACCUGCACAGCCACCAUGAGCUGCGCGCCAUCGACACGUGCGAGUUCGCCUUCAACCUUAAGAAGGACGAGGUGUGCGUCAACCCCUACCACUACCAGCGGGUCGAGACACCAGUCUUACCACCUGUCCUAGUGCCAAGACACACAGAGAUUCUGACUGAACUGCCUCCUCUGGAUGACUACACCCAUUCCAUACCUGAAAACACCAACUUUCCUGGUGGGAUUGAACCCCCCAACAACUACAUACCAGAAACUCCUCCACCAGGCUACAUCAGUGAGGAUGGAGAGACCAGUGACCAGCAUAUGAAUCAAAGUAUGGACACAGGCUCUCCUGCAGAACUGUCGCCAAGCACACUCUCGCCUGUCAACCAUGGCAUGGACCUGCAACCGGUGACCUACUCUGAGCCUGCGUUCUGGUGCUCCAUAGCCUACUAUGAGCUGAACCAGCGGGUCGGGGAGACCUUUCACGCCUCGCAGCCUUCCCUCACUGUGGACGGAUUCACAGAUCCUUCCAACUCCGAACGUUUCUGCUUGGGCCUGCUGUCCAAUGUCAACCGCAAUGCCACCGUGGAGAUGACUCGUAGACACAUAGGCCGGGGCGUCAGGCUGUAUUAUAUCGGAGGAGAAGUGUUUGCCGAGUGUCUAAGCGACAGCGCCAUCUUUGUUCAAAGCCCCAACUGUAACCAGCGGUAUGGCUGGCACCCUGCAACCGUCUGUAAAAUCCCCCCAGGCUGUAACCUGAAGAUCUUCAACAACCAGGAGUUUGCAGCGCUCUUGGCUCAGUCGGUCAAUCAGGGCUUCGAGGCCGUCUAUCAGCUCACCAGAAUGUGCACCAUCCGCAUGAGCUUCGUCAAAGGCUGGGGGGCCGAGUACAGACGGCAGACUGUGACGAGCACUCCAUGCUGGAUCGAGCUGCACUUGAACGGACCAUUGCAGUGGCUGGAUAAGGUUCUGACCCAGAUGGGUUCUCCCACCGCCCGCUGUUCCAGUAUGUCCUAAUCGCCAUGACGACGAUGCCCACAACCCUUCCCCUGAAAUCUGCAAAGUCCACAAUCACAAGAAACGACAAGUAGAACAACAGACAUGCUAUAAUCCCUGACGCUCUCUCUCUCUCUCUCUCUCUCUCUCUCUCUCUCUCUCUCUCUCUCUCUCUCUCUCUCUCUCAUAGUACUUCUCUCUCUUUCUUUCUCUCUCUCCUUCCUGAUGUUCUCACUUUUCGGAACUGAACAUGGCACUUGCUGUCACAUCAGCUUCAUGCACCUUUAAUUCGCUCUUUUUCCCUCCUCAUAAAUCCUCAAUAUUAAAUGUAUUAGUGGUAGAAUUUGAAAUGUGUAUAUAUAUAUUUUUUUUUUCCUUUUCUUAUAAAGACCGGGAGAGUGUGUGUGUGUGUGUGUGUGUGUGUGAGUGAGUGAGAGAGAAACAGGGAAGUAAUAGAAGGCAGUUAAUAACUUGGCAGAGAUGUUUCAGUAAAGCAUUCCUUACCCCUUGAAGUGAUCGCGUAAACUAAAUGUUUUUGAUUUUGUUCUUUGCUUAACCAAGAGCUUACCUUACGCCAUAUUGUUUAAGCUUGAUCUCUUUGCUGAGACUAAUCAACAAAAAGUAUUACUGCAUUUUAUUAGCCCUUCCCACCCACCAAAACCUUCGUUCUUAAAGUAACGCCAAAAGACACCUUAUUCACUUCCUGUUCCCGAUCGCCGUGCCCAACCACUAUGAAAGAAUGAUGCCUUAUAUGUUCAGGGUGCUGUCUUAUGGCAUGCUUGUUCUGAAAUCUAAUGUGGGCAGUUAGGAAUGUGUUAGCAACAAAUGAAAUGAAUAAAAUAAGGGAACCGUGGAAGGGAGAAAAAAGAAAAGAAACAGCAACCCGGACCAAUAUUUUCUUCAUCCCGGUCUCUAUCGCCCCUCGUUAGGUGAAAUACUCACUAGAUCACUCUGGAGCGCUUUGAGUCGUGUUGAGGAAAAUCUUUUAUGAAGAAAAUUGACCAAAAAAAAAAAGUUUUAAAAAUGAGUACACAAUCCAUAUCUUUGGGGAAAAAAAAUUAAAAAUAAAUCCAACCUUUUAAGCUUUAAAUGUUAAUAACGUAGGUUAUUCUUCACAAUCGAAAGAUUUCUCUCCUCCCCCCGCCCCCCCCCCCCCCCCCUUUAUCUUUCUUUUAGCUACUUUUUGUAUUUUCAUGUAUUUUUAUAUAUAAAUAUAUUUAAAAUCUUUAAUGCUCUCUUCCUUUUUAUUAGAACUGAGUAUUUUUUUAGAUCAUGCCCUCUUUUUAACGGAACAUGGCUUCAUAAUGAAAACGUCCUGUCACAAAAAGUUGUUAGUCGAAAUCUUUCACAAUCCGUGUCUUUAUAUUCUCCUCCUCUGUGUUUCCGAUAGAAGCUGUUGCACCAAACAUUCAGCUCCUCCUCAUCUUUCGGCAUGUUUAAGUUGGUUUGUUCAAGAAAAACAAAGAAUCUUUAACGUACGUGUGUGUAUAUACAUUUUUUUGUUUAUGGGUUUUUUCUUUUCUUUUUUUUUUUUUUUAGUUGCUUUUCUGCCCUGGAUGAUUUUCCAUGACCUAUGGUUCUUUUAAACAGGGGGAAAACAUCUACCUAUUGUCAAAUGUUGCAGAAACACGACAGUGUUCUGUUCACCCGCAAUCGGGGAAAAGAAAGAAGGAAUUUAAAAAAAAAAAAAAAAAAAAAAAGAAAAA